UGAAAAUGAGUGAACAAUUUCGGACACUAAUGCCUACACCGUGCACAAGUAUUUGACCUAAACGUUUAUGCACUUUAUGUAUAUUUUUAUUAUGUUGUUUAUUUUAAUAACGAUAUAACGUGUUCCUAUUACAUAGGCUAAAAGGUGUGUGACAUUAGUGACACACGGAUUGAUAACUAUAGAAUAUGCAGCUACAUCAGGCUGUAAUACGAAUUAUCGAAACAUCACUGUUUGUGACUGCAGAAGACAGACGAGAAGAGAAGUCGUUGCCACGGCAACCUGGGGAUGAUGCAAACGGGGGAUGAUGCAAACGAACGAUGACGGACUUCGCCUGGAUUCAUGACGGGAGGAAUUAAGUGGACCAAAACAACGCAAACCACAGAUCUUUAAACACGCAAAUCAAAUCUUUGUGUUUACAACAGAAAUGUGUUUAAAAUAAUUUCCCAGGUAGCCAUAUGAGUCAUCAAAUGUAUAUAUUUAUAUAUAUUAAGUCAUUAUUAAACACAGCUCGAUACUCUUAGUGCUGAAGGAUCUCAGGAUGUACUCAAACGACCCCCAGCAGGCACGUGCAGAGGGGGGGCUUGAGCCCAGGCCCUUUUUGUUCCUGGAGAGAAAGUGCCCUUUUUCUGGGAUUUUUUUUUUAAUGGAUAUAUGUAUGUGCGCGCGUAUGUAUUUGCGCACGGCUUUAACUGUCAAAAACAAUUAGAAAACUUCAGGUCAGGUCGGGAAAUGUUGAGAGUUCCGAUGCCUUUCUUCCAUCCGCGUCUCCACGCAGGCGCGCAGCCGCAAAUAGCGCGCACGCGCAGCACAGCUGUGUGUGUAGCAUGUUUGGCACAUCAGGCAGAGAGCCGCAGAAAUGAAGACCUCCCUCCUUUCCAGUAGCGUUUGUCUUGGUGUGGAGGGUUCAACGUCCUGCCUGGGAGCUUCUCCACCUCAGGGUCAACGCUCUUUCUGGGAAACUUUUCCACCUCAGCAGAAGAGUUGUUUACAGGGACAAAGGGACAAAUCUGAGUCCCAGGUACCUCCAGCAGCUGCUGCUGUUCCAAGAACAGCUUCCCCACAAAGGCAAGAGAGUGCUGGACAAGAGAAGUCCACAAAUGCUUCUCCACCUCAGCAGGACAGCUCUACAAAGAAACGGGAUAAGCCAGAUCCAGUCAAAAUGGAGUCCCGGGCACCCCCAGCAGCUGCUGCUGUCACAAAACCAGCUCCUUCACCAAGAAAGGAGAUUGCUGGACAAGAGACGGCAACAAAGCCCCCAGCUAUUAUCCAGAGGAGGGUCUUCAGAAAUGGGUGGACAACUCGGAAGGUGUCCACGAAGACCCCCGUGAUAGCCAAUUCAAUGCGUUACCCAUCUAAGGGUCAGCAUCCUGCCUGGAGAUCUUCUCCAUCUGAGGGUCAACGUCCUGCCUGCCGAAUGCCCAGUGCAUCUCCUGGAGCUACUGGGGCUUCAAAUAAUGGACAAGGCAGAAGCAUGAGGGAAAACAAAAACACUUCCCCACAAAGGCAUGAGAGUGUUGGACAAGAGAAGUCCACAAAACCUGCCGUCGCACCAGCUGCUCCACCUCAGCUGGAGAGUUCUAUAAAUAAACAGGAUAACUCACAUCCAGCCAAAACGGAGUCCCAGGUACCUCCAGCAGCUGCUGCUGUUACAAAACCAGCGUCCACAGAACCAGAGGCGUCCACAGAAGCUCCUGUCAUGGCAGCUUCUCCACCUCAGCUGGAGAGUUCUACAGAGACACUGGAUAUGAAAGAUCCACCAAAACCUGAGUCCCAGGAACCUCCAGCAGCUGCUGCUGUUUCAGAAACAGCUCCAGGAUAUGCAGUGGACACAUUCAAGGUUUCGAAUAAGGCCAGAAGGAGGAUGAGGAAAAUGAGAAAUAGUUAAAAAAUGCAGGAGGCUGCUGGACAAGAGACACAGAUGCAGGAAGUGAGCGAAACGCUGGAGACUGACACAUCUAUUGAACACCUGUAUGAGCUCCUGGGUGGACUG